AUGUUUUCCCGGCAAUUCGUAUCAAGAUUUCGAUUUCAUGCUCGCCAAUCUAAUACUCCUACACUGAAGAGCUCAAUUGGUGGUAAAAUCACUGCUAUUGCAACAUUGGCAGGUGUUGCUGGCGUUGCAGGGUUCUAUUAUUAUAAGGACCCAAAUGCUGCAAUUCAUGAGUAUUUCAUUUUGCCCUCAAUUAGGCUACUCUUUGACGGAGAAACAUCCCACAAGCUUGCUAUUGAGACAUUCAAGUACCCGUUCUUGAAUCCCAAAGAGAAGGUUGGUUGGAUAGAUGAGAUCGACCCUCACAGACAACUAGCAGUAACUUUAUUUGCCAAUUCACCAAAUCCCAAGGUUAAGCCAAUUACUCUCCGAGCGCCAAUAGGCGUCGCUGCUGGCCUUGAUAAGAAUGGAGAUGCCAUUGAUACUCUUUUUAACUUUGGAUUUCCUUAUGUUGAAAUUGGUUCUAUCACCCCAGAGCCCCAACCAGGAAACCCGAAACCAAGAUUUUUCAGACUCGAAAAGGAUCAAGCCGUCAUCAAUCGCUACGGAUUCAACUCAGAGGGGCAGAAAGCAGUACUUGCACGUCUCAAGGUACGUCUAGCACAAAUAGGGGGUCUUCUUGACACUUCGAUACCAAUAGUUGGCCAGCCCAUAAACAAUUCAUUGAGACCUGAAAGUGCUUUGGCUAUCAGUCUUGGCAAGAAUAAGACUGCUGAGGCCAUUGACGAUUAUAUCAAAGGGGUUCGCACUUUAGGACCAUAUGCAGAUAUUCUAGUUAUCAAUGUUUCUAGUCCUAAUACCCCUGGUUUGCGCAAUCUCCAGGCUGAGGCAGAGCUACGGAAGCUCCUGACCACAGUAGUAGAGGAGAGGAAUAAGCUGAGCCAAGAUGUGUUGCCGCCUAUUCUUGUCAAGGUUGCUCCAGAUUUAACUGAACCUGAAGUGGAAUCAAUUGCCGGUGCUGUUAAAGACAGUAAGGUGGACGGGGUGAUUGUCAGCAAUACCACCGUUGCCCGACCACAAUCACUCAAAUCGGACAAAAAGAUUGUGUCAGAAGUAGGUGGACUUUCGGGGAAGCCAGUAAAGCCAUUUUCAAUUCAAGCUCUCAAGCUGAUGCGCAAACAUCUUGGUGAUGAUAUCACCAUUAUUGGAUGCGGAGGUAUUAGCAAUGGUGAGGAUGCGGUGGAUUUCGCAAGGGCCGGCGCAGAUUUUGUCCAACUCUACACUGGAUUUGCAUAUAAAGGACCAGCAAUUGUGGGUGAUAUUAAGAAAGGGAUUCUCCGCGAGUUAGAUGGCCGGAACUGGUCGGAUAUUGUAGGUAAAUCUAAAUAA